GUUAAAUCAGUUAUAAUUCGCGUGCGAACGCGUAAGCAACGAUCGUGCUCGUGGUUAAUAUAGUGAUCGUGUGCUGAAUUAAGUGGAAGUGUGUCAAAACUAGAAAAAGGACAUACUCGAAGGACUCUACCAGUAAAUGAGUAAAAAAAAGUGUUUGUGUAGUGUUUUAUAACGGGAAUUAAGGAAACUUUUUAUGUACUUUUUCUAAUAAAAAAUAGUUGCAAUUUCAACUUUUGUAAGCCAUUCAGCAUGCUGCCUAAAAUGAAUGUGGACGAAGUGCGCGUUAGCCUGCAGCGCUUCGGCUGGCCCGAUUAUGUGGUGUUCGUUUUAAUGCUAACCAGCUGUGCAGUGAUCGGUAUUUAUUUUGCGCUGCAAAUGCGUCGUGAGGCGAAGGCGCGCAAAUCGGUGACGACAGAGGAUGCCGAGGAUGCUUACUUGGUGGGCGGCAGGAAUAUGAAGAUCUUUCCGAUCGCCAUGUCGCUGAUUGCGAGUUUCAUAUCUGGCAUUACACUAUUGGGCACACCCACAGAGGUCUAUCUCUUCGGCACACAGUAUCUCUAUAUCAUGGGCUCGUUGGUGAUCAUGGGUUUCGUGCUUUACUAUUUCUUCCUGCCAGUAUUCCACGAUCUCAAAUUAAUAUCCACAUAUCAGUAUUUGGAGUCGCGUUACGAUCGGCGCAUGCGUCUCUUUGGUUCAGUGCUCUUCAUGUUCGGAUCGUUAUUAUGGCUGCCAAUUGUCAUUUAUGUACCCGCACUGGCCUUCAAUCAGGCUACGGGCGUUAAUAUACAUCUGGUAACGCCGAUGGUUUGUCUAGUGUGCAUUUUCUACACAUGUGUGGGUGGUCUAAAAGCUGUCGUUUGGACUGAUGUUGUGCAGACGAUCAUUAUGUUUGGCGCCAUGGUUUUGAUCAUUGUUAAGGGCACCCUAGAUGUGGGUGGAUUUGGUGAGGUUUAUCGUAAAGCGAAGGAGAGUGGACGCAUUGAAUCGCCAAACUUCACCUUUGAUCUCACCGAGCGUUACACCGUCUACUCGCUCUUUAUUGGCGGCGUUGCUCACUGGUUGAAAUCGAAUGCGAUCAGUCAGAACAUGAUCCAACGCUAUCUCUCGCUGCCGAAUAUGAAAUCAGCGCGCACCGCUCUAUGUCUCUUCAUAUGCGGCGUGCUGACUUUUAUAUGUAUUUGCGGCUACAGUGGGCUGCUAAUCUAUGCGACCUACCACGAUUGCGAUCCGCUGCAAACGAAGCUCGCCAAACGAAAUGAUCAACUACUGCCGUUACUUGUCAUGGAAAUAUUGGGCGACUAUCCCGGCUUACCAGGUCUCUUCGUUGCUGGCGUCUUCAGCGCUGCGCUCUCUUCACUCUCCACUGGCUUGAAUUCUAUGUCUGCUGUUAUGCUUGAGGAUUUCUUCAAGUCAUUUGCUAAAAAGCCACUCACCGAACGUCAGACCGCGCUUAUAAUGCGUUUCGUAGUCAUCAUCUUCGGUGCCAUAUGUGUGAGCCUGGUCUUUGUUGUGGAAAAACUUGGUACAGUGCUACAAUUGACUAUAACAUUAUCGUCCGUCGCAAACGGUCCGCUCUUGGGCAUCUUCACGGCGGGUGUGAUGGUGCCCUGGAUUGAGGGAAAGGGCGCUCUAGUCGGUGGGUUUAGCAGUCUCAUCUUUAUGGCCUGGAUGUGCAUACGCGCUCAGGCAGAUCUCGCAAGCGGCGCUGUAAGCUACCUACGCAAGCCACAUACCAUAACGGGUUGCAAUUACACCUUCAUUGAUUUUGCUUCGAUGAGCAUGAUAGCUGAGAACGUUACUGGGCAAACGACGGUACAUUCCGAAAACGACACUUUUCACAUCUACAACAUCUCUUAUCUCUUCUACACGAUGAUCGGCUCGCUAAUAACGAUCGUGAUUGGCCUGAUCACCAGCUUUCUCUUGGGCCCCAAUAAGCUGGAGAACAUGGACACAUUGCUGCUGUCACCCUGUGUGCGACGCUGGGUCGACCGCUACAAGGUGCGAAGAGCGCUAGAAAAUGGCACACAACAACAAAACAAAACACCGACAAAAGCGCUGGAAAUGGACAAAUUGAAGUUGACGAAACUGUCAGAGAAGCCCACGUAAAACUAAGCGAGUACGAGAAACGCCAGUGAAGGAUCAAAGCAGCUAAUAAUUUUAUUUAUAUUUAUUGAAGGCAUUAAGCGAGCUACCAAAGAAGAGAAGAAGCGAACAAAUUAAGUUUAAUAUUAAUUGAAAGUGUGUGAAAAGUGCGAAAAUAUAUUGAUGUAGCCUACAUUAAGGCGCUACUAUUUAUUUAAGUCAAUACUUGUAAAUACCAAGCAUUAGUAGAGAAGUCUUAGUGUGUAGUUUAGCACUGUAAAUAGCAAUAAGCAAAAACAAAAAAAAAACUAAAAUUAAAAUGUUCCUAUAAAUUAUUUUAAAUACAAACAAAAAGUAUG